UUCACAAGUUGAAUCAAAGAGCUUUAAUUUUUUUGUCUUCAACACGUGACAAUACCAUUCUGAGCACUACAGUGCAACUGGAUCAAAUCAGGACAUUUAUUUAUGAAACUGUAACUGGAGAAGUGACAGCAAUAGCUGCCAGACCUUCACAUUGCUUUGACCAAAAUUAUGCUCUAAAUCAUUCUAAUUCAGUAUUUAUUUUUUAGUAAGAUGAAUUCUGGGUGCAGAAAUCAUCCGAUAUGGACAUUUGCAGUCUGGUUUGAGCAGCCUCAGAUUCAUAGACCUUCAUAGUUGUGCUUUUAGCUGUCUGGUCAGAUUGGAUUCAUUUUUGAAGAUCACUUCAGGACCAGCCUUGAACUGUACAGAACUGAGACACGUGUUUGAUUUUGAUCAACAAUGGAUCUGUUAUAAAACAGAUGCUUUCUUGAAGACAAAGCAUUCGCAUGCAAAGUUUCAUUGACAUUUCAGAAUUAUUUUGGAAGACUGGACCUUCAUGCAUGUGGGAUUUUAUUAGGACUAAAGCUUCACCCUGAACCUCAACAUGGGCUCUGCAACUAAUCUUGCAUUUGCAGUUUUCCUCAUCUCAUGCUCCUCAGGAGCGAUCCUGGGACGCUCAGAAACGCGGGAGUGUGUAUUCUACAAUGCAAGCUGGGAAAAAGAAAGAACCAACCGUAGUGGAAUCGAGCUGUGUUCUGGAGAGAAGGACAAGCGGAGACACUGUUUCUCCACCUGGAAGAACAACUCUGGAACCAUCGAGAUCGUCAAACAGGGCUGCUGGCUCGAUGAUGUCAACUGCUAUGACAGCAGUGAGUGUGUGGAGAGGAAGGACAGCCCUGAUGUGUUUUUCUGCUGCUGUGAAGGCAACGUGUGCAACGAGAAGAUUUACUACAGCCCAGAUACCCAAGCUGUACCGACUACAUUAAACCCUCUGACAGCGAAACCAGAGCUAUUCAACACUUUGCUCUACUCACUGGUGCCUAUUAUGGGUGUUGCUGCCGUCCUGCUCUUUUCCUUCUGGAUGUACCACCACCAUAAGCUGGCAUAUCCGCCGAUACUCGUGCCCACACAGCACGCCUUUCAUAUAAUGAUAGAGGACCCUGGAAUGACUCCACCCUCACCCCUUCUGGGGCAGAAGCAACUGCAGUUGCUGGAAGUCAAAGCCAGGGGGCGCUUUGGCUGUGUCUGGAAGGCCCAGCUUCUCAAUGAACAUGUGGCUGUAAAAAUCUUCCCCAUCCAGAAUAAGCAGUCCUGGCAGAACGAGUAUGAGAUUUACAGCAUGAGUGGAAUGAAACAUGAGAACAUCCUUAACUUUAUCGGGGCAGAGAAGAGAGGAAACGGCGUGGACAUCGAGCUCUGGCUUAUUACAACGUACCACGAGAAGGGCUCACUGACUGAUUACCUAAAGGCUAAUGUGGUGUCUUGGAAUGAGCUGUGUCACAUAUCUCAGACGUUUGCGCGAGGUUUGGCGUAUCUACACGAAGACAUCCCGGGCCUGAAGGACGGACAUAAGCCUGCUGUUGCUCACCGGGAUAUUAAGAGUAAGAAUAUUCUACUGAAGAAUAAUUUGGCAGCCUGCAUUGCUGAUUUUGGACUUGCACUCAAGUUUGAGGCAGGACGAUCAGCAGGUGACACACAUGGACAGGUGGGUACUCGGCGCUACAUGGCUCCGGAGGUGCUGGAGGGGGCCAUAAAUUUUCAGCGGGACGCCUUCUUAAGGAUAGACAUGUACGCUGCAGGCCUCGUGCUGUGGGAACUGGCGUCACGAUGCACUGCUGCCGAUGGUCCAGUAGAUGAAUAUGCAUUACCGUUUGAGGAGGAGGUGGGCCAGCACCCGUCUCUAGAGGACAUGCAGGAAGUUGUCGUACACAAAAAGCUCAGACCUUUGUUGAGAGAGUACUGGCAGAAACAUGCUGGUCUGGCCACUCUGUGUGAGACCAUAGAGGAGUGCUGGGAUCACGAGGCCGAGGCGCGCCUCUCGGCUGGCUGUGUGGAGGAGCGCAUCAUCACUAUGCAGCGGCAGACCAACCUCAUCGCCCCUGACGACAUCCUCACCGUCGUCACUAUGGUGACCAACCUGGACUACCCACCCAAAGAGUCCAGUCUGUGAUGCAUCAGCCGAUCAGACUGCAGCAGCAGGACAACCUAGAACGGGAGUUGUGGCAGAAAGUCUCCGGCUCUUUUUGGAAGCACUUCCGGCUUCCAGUGCACGUGUGUGUAUGUUAGCUUGUGUACGGACACACUGGUGUGUGACAUGAUUUACUCCUUGUUGAGUCCUGGGGAGGAAAGGAAACAUGAAAACCAAUUACUAUACACACGACCACGCAAAGGACCUUCACACUGGAGCCUGAAGAAAGGAAGUCACCGCUGUUAUUUUUCACAAGCGAAAGAUUUCCUGUUUUUCUUUGUUGUCGUUUUUAAAGAGUGAAGACUUAUUGUAAACUUGGUUUGGUUUUAGCAUAAAAAGGGCAACAGUCAUUUAAACCGCACUUGCUUUCCACUCCUGUGUGUUUCUUCUGAAUUAUUAUGGAAUCUGCCAAUUAGAAACCGCUUCUGAAUGUCCACUACUACUACUACUACUACUACUACUACUACAAACACCCAUAAACACAUCUACAUUAAAUGUAUUCAGCAGGGAGGCACCAAUCCAGUGCUGAGUAUUAGUAUUAAAGUUGAUACUGGCCCAGAACGCUGGAUUUUGGAUUGCAUAUAACACCAGUCCUGAUCUGAUCCACCACACAUUACAAACUGGCUUAAAGAACGCCUCCAUCAUGCCUGCAAAGCCAUGGUCAUGCUAGCAUUUUGGCCAAACAUCUCAGUCAUAUUUGCCACAAUUAAAUUGCUAACCUUGGGUGCUGACAUCUCGUUGGUUCGAAACUCAGUUCUGCCACCCGCCUACAUGCUGGGCGCCUACAUGAACAACAAUUGGCUGUUGUUCAAGGGUACGGUGCCUGAGGGGACAUCAUAACCGAUGCAGUUACGACCUCUGCUGGCCGAUUGAUGCCGCCUGCACAGAGUCAAGGGAUAGUGUGAUCAGGAUGUGUCUCUCCAUACACAAAGCUGAUCCACAUAUGAACUUGCCUCGUGCAGGUGAAAAGAUGCCGUCGGUACUGCACACAUGUCGGAGGGGGCGUGUGUUAGUCACAGCUCUCCUCAGUCAGAAUGGAGAUUAACAUCAGUAGAGGGGAAGUGUAAUGAGUAUAUUGAGAGUAAAAUUGGGGGGGAAAUGCAAUAAAGAAAUUAUUGACCUUGAUUCAUAGCUUAAAUUAGUCAACGACAUCAAGUUAAACUGUUUUGCAUUUUAGUUCACAAAUUCCUGCCAGCAUGCUUCUAAGUGCCACAACAGAAAUUGUUUUGCCCUAUUGUUGGUGGGUCAUGAGCUUAACAAUGCCAUAUGUAGAUCCCUACUAAAUUCACAGAAAAAUGUGCUACUUGGGUAACUGAGUUAUAUGUUAAAUUGCUAAACACAAACCUUACAAUUUGAAUUAUACAGCAAAUUGCAUAUUACACAGGAAAUGGCUCAUUUCAUGGUCCAUGACCAUCCACACCUAGAAGCUGAUUGACCCUGCCUUGCAUUUACAUGAAAACAGACGUCCGAGCAGCUGAGGGUUAAGGUCCAUGACGAUGCUAGGCCUCCCAACCUUCCAAUCAAUAACACUGACUCUAACCGCUUUCUCUCAUCCGUGUCAAUCACGUGUUGCCAGCACAUGUUCAGUGUCUAAGUUCAUGUGUAUGAAAAGAGCUGGCGUACUUGGAGUAGAGCACUAAGUGCCCUAUUUUAUAAACUAUUUAAAGCUAACAGCUACAGUUACUUUUAAAUGACUAUUCUUUAUCUAGGGGUGUAGAAACCAUGGGAGACAGUGAGGCAUGUUCCCUCCAAUAUUUAAAUGUAUUUUCCUCUCGAUUAAAUCAUUUCUAUUAUGUGUAAAUGAA